AGACCAUUUACAACGACUUUUCGGCUUCGGCAUUACCAGACGAGCUACUCCAUCACAGAGAUUAGAGACGAUAACGAAAACCUUUGGAAGUGUUGUUGGAGAUCUGUGACGGGGUGUGGUAUCAACAAUUCCCUUUCUUCUCGGUAAGAAGGGUUGUCUCAUGCGGUAUAUUUAAAGAUGGAAACUGAGGAUAUAAUCAACCUUCUUGGUUCAAGAAAUUCUGACUCUGAAAGUGAGAACAAUGAACUUCAUGGCACUGAUAAUGCUUUGAUUAACAUGGGGCUUAGUGAAGGCGAUAUGGGAAGUACUGAUAGACAUCCUUUACUGGAAACAGAUGGUGAUAAGGUUUUGUUAAGCAAUUCAUCUAGCAUGGAUAUGAGUGUUGAAUCGACAGAAAAUGUUGCAACAGUGGAAAAAUUAGAUCCCUCCAUUUCUGUUGUGUGUGCUGAAGAUGGUUGCUCUGUCAUCCAACAUAAAAGCCCCACCCACAACCACGUGGUUGAUGGCACUUUAAUAACCGGUGUUAAGAGAGCUCGGAUGACAUAUGAAUAUGAUGAACAGCAGCCUUCAGUACAUGUCAAGUAUGACUCCAUAACAAGUGCCAGUAAACAGAAGCUUGAGGAGCUAUUGCAGCAGUGGUCAGAGUGGCAUGCUCGGCAUUGUUCGUCACAAGUUUCAAAUGAAGUGCUGGAGUCGGGUGAGGACACAUACUUUCCUGCUUUACAUUUUGGCUUGGAAAAGUACUCUGCAGUGUCUUUCUGGAUAGACAACCAAACAAGGAAACAGCAGAACAAUGGUAUCAUUUCAUUGGAUAGUCACUCUGUACCUCUUUAUGAUCGUGGAUAUGCAUUUAGUCUGAGUUCAGCAGAUGGUCCUGGUAAUAAGGAAGGUGCCUUGGAGAUAAUGCGUGAUGCUUCUCGCUGUUUCAAUUGUGGGUCUUACAGUCAUUCCUUGAAGGAUUGCUCCAAACCUCGUGAUAAUGUUGCUGUUAAUAAUGCUCGCAAGCAACACAAAUCAAAACGGAAUCAGAAUCCUGGGUCGCGUAAUCCAACUAGAUAUUAUCAUAACUCUACUGGUGGAAAGUAUGAUGGCUUAAGACCUGGUGCACUUGAUACUGAAACACGACAACUUUUGGGUCUUGGGGAACUUGAUCCACCCCCUUGGCUCAACAGAAUGCGAGAAAUGGGAUAUCCACCUGGGUAUCUAGAUCCAGAUGAUGAGGAUCAGCCAUCAGGGAUUACAAUCUAUGGUGACGAGGACAUCAAGACAGAAACAGAAGAUGGUGAAAUUAUUGAAAAUGACGAUUCUGAACAACGGAGGAAAAUGACUGUUGAAUUUCCUGGAAUAAAUGCACCAAUCCCGGAAAAUGCAGAUGAAAAACGUUGGACAGCUGGGCCUUCAGCAACUUCUGAACUGUUUAGGAAACGUUCUCACCACACAGUUAACUCUUCUUCAGAACCUGUUGGCAGGGGACAUUAUUACGAGCAAAGGUGGUCAAGGGAUUUCAGAGACGAUGGACCUCCAGGUGUUGACCCAUUACUUAGCCCAUCCCCAUCCGCCUCUAGUUACCCUGCUAGGUACGGGAACUACGAUUCUAUUUCCACUUCCUACAGUCCUCGGGAUAACAUCCAAAGACCGAGGAGUCCUACGAUUGAGAGGUCCCAAUAUGAUAGAGGAAGAAGGGUCUACAAUGACUCUGCAACAUAUGGCUCUUACAAUUCCUCACCAUACUCAUCCUCAAAUAGACAUGGUUCAUCAAGGUACCGUGGCUCUUCUAGAUUGGAGUCUGAUGCUGAUGAAAUCCCGGAUGACUAUAAUUUUGAUAGUUCAUAUCGGAGCAAAGAUGAAAGCGGCAGUUAUCAUCGGCAUCAUAGUCGGUGGUGAACGUACGGCUUUCUACCUUGAUUAUGUGACAUAUACGUUUUUCUAACAUGAGACAAGGGGUUAGACAGAUUUGUAAUGGGACUGGCCAAAAGUCAUGUUGACCUAAAUAUGUAUUUUUCUGUUUAGGAUGGGGAUGAGCUGCAAUGGGUAUCUUCAUUAGAGCAUGAGGUGAAUCACAGUAAUAACAUCGAAACUUAUGGCUGGGCGUGAGAGUUGAACCGACUUUCCGGAUUUGCGAGGAGUUAUCACAGUAAACUUCACAACCCGACGAAGGCUUCUUUGUUCAAAUCUUUUGCAUCAUAAGACAUUUGUAAGCUCUAAUACCUUGCUCAUUGCCUUGCGUACGUAGGAGUUUGGAGACUUUUCCAUGUUCUUCAGCAACUGUGUUUUCUUCUCUGCUCACAAAAGUUUUAACAUGGAGCCCAUCCUCCUCUUGUCUUACAAGUAUCUUCAUGUCUAAAGAAGGCAACAGCAGUCUCUUCCCUUGUGGAUGUGCAAUCUGCAUAUGCGUCCCCGGAAGAAUCCUCUGCCAUUGUUGUCAACUCAAAGGCGUCACGGAGAUGCUCGUUUUCCAUCAUGUGUUUGACAAAUCCACGCUCACCUAGAAAAUUCGUUAUGAUGCUCUCUAUCAGGCAAUGAUGAUAAAGCCAGUCCAUCUUUGUUAGAUUUGUAAUUUCAUAUCUCUUGGAGAGACCGUGGAUUAUAAAAUAAAAAAAUCCAAGCAUCUCUCAAACUAUAACAUCUUCUCGGAGUUCAAGACGGUCGAGAAAAAUAAAGUCGUGUCCAGGGCCAAUGUGUCCACAGUGAAAUGGACAAUAUUGUUGAUUUUAAUGGGCAGAGAUUUCUGAUA